GUGUUGAUUGUUGAAACUCGAACUUCACAUAUGUGUGAAAUACAGCUUUUCAUUCAUUUUAUUUGCUUUGGGAAUUAGACACUGAGAUGGAGCACAUAGCAUUUGCAGAAUAUGCUCAUAUUGGCCUACAUUGUAGUAGCCUUUUUAUUUCAAUCAUGUUAGAAGACAUUAUGCUAUAAGAACCUGACACUCCCACAUUCCAACUGAUUCAAACCCUGUACCACAAAUAUUAGGAUCCACAUGUAGAUCAACCUGUUAAGAUUUCCUAGGAUGUAAAAAAAAGCCAUAUGAGCACUUUUGUUAUGUUUUGGUUUAGGAAGGACCUAAAUAUAAACUGGUAGGUGCAAGAUCUUAAUAAUGAGGGAAAAAAUGACCAGGUACAAGGAAACAAACCAUGAGAAAGAAUGACAAAAAAUGACAAAAAAAAUAAUCCCAUCAUCCCCACCCUUUGCACAUUACUACAAACACGUUGCCCCAGUAGCAUGCAUACACACACGCGCAAAAACACCCACCCACACAUAUUAUUCUGCUGACUAUGUUUUUAUUCCCAAGACUUUCCUCCAUAUUAACUAUAUAUUGGGAUAUGUCAAGCAGAACUGACUUAUUGUGUGCAGCGUAACCUUAUGUGGCCAUCAGCAGGUUGGCACACUGUCAGGUGUCAGAUGUGUCACAACCCCUUUAAAUGCUGGGAUGAAUUAUACUGCAACUGUCAUUCGGGAUCCACUUUCUGUAGCGAUCAUCAAGAAUGUGAUCACUGUUGUCCUCUCCCUUGCAAUCAUAUACCUUAAUGCCACCCUGGUUCAUACAUUUAGAAAACAUCAGGUUUUCAACACAAACUCUCGUUACAUCCUUUAUAUCCACCUGGUAAUCAACGAUAUCACCACACUGGCAUUGCUGAUCCUCCUCCAAGUCCUGAGUUACAUAUUGUUCACACUCAAUGUCUCAUUCUGUAUCAUUAUGCUAGUGAUUGCCAUAUCUUCCAGCCUAAACAACCCCUUAACACUUGCGGCCAUGGCUUUAGAGUGUUACCUGGCCAUAUGCUUCCCUCUGCGCCACCCCCAGAUCUGUACGGUCAGGAAAACCUACAUUGUGAUUGCUAUGAUAUGGUUUCUAAGUUUACUGACAAUACUACCAGAUGUGUUCAUAGUGAUGGCUACAAGACCUGCAGAGUACUUUCAUUCCAGGAUUUUCUGCUUGUGGUCUAACAUUUUCACAAGCCCGAUCCUUGCAGAAAAGAAAGAUGUGUCCAACAUUGUGUUUCUAGUCAUUGUUUGGCUCAUUCUCUUCUAUACAUACUUCAGGAUUCUUUUCACUGCAAAGGCUGCUUCAGCAAAUGCAAAGAAAGCGAGAAACACCAUCCUACUCCAUGGCUUCCAGCUGUUGCUGUGUAUGCUAAAGUAUGUAUAUAAUAUAACAAUAGACGGCCUUUCAAGUUUGUUUCCGAAUGAUAUUCUGACCAUUCGAUAUGUAAUUUCAAUACUGAUUCAGGUUAUGCCACGUCUCAUCAGUCCGAUGGUUUAUGGUAUAAGGGACAAGAUGUUCAGAGAGUACUUGAAACGAUAUCUGUUGCUCACCACUACAAAUGUUAAUCCAGAAAAGAUUUAAAUAAUGUUUUAUCGUUUCAAGAACCUUUUUCAAAAGCCAGCAAAUUUUUGGGGGGUGCAUUCUUUAUUUUG